AUGGCUUAUCAUGGGCUAUCAAGAUACCGUCAUGAAAAUACUACCACGUGCGAUAAUGAACGUAUUCUAUCUUUGAAUUCCAUUAUUUAUAUUGUUUGUGUUUGUUUGAUAGUUUCUACAACUAUUGUACAUACAAUAUUUUUAUUCGCAUCGGAACAAUGGAUUCUAAUAAAAUCUCCUAUGAAUCUGUUAGCCUAUAUUGACUCAUCAGAAUUAUGCGUUAAUACUACUAGUGAUAAUGUAUGCUUUGAAGCCUAUAUUUCAAAAAAUCUUUGUACAUCGACAGCAUCUGACAUUUAUUCUUAUUCAAAUGUUAUCCGUUGGACAAUGGCUUGUUCAAAUAGACAUUUUGAUUAUUCGAUAUCGAUUGAAAAUAUGAAUAAUUCACAUCAUCAAUUAGAUUCUAUUUGUGAAUGUCAACGUGUUACAUAUACAAAAAUUGUAUCAAGAAAUUCAAGUUUAAUAUUUGUUUUGCUUAUUCUAUCAACAAUUAUUGCUUUAGCUAAAUUAUGUGCACCUAGUAAAUGUAUAUUACAUAUUGUUACAAAUUAUGUUCUACUAUUGUUAAUUACAAUUUCUAUUGGAUUAGAAAUUCAUAUGUGUAUAGUCGUUCGACAAAGUCAAAAUGAAAUACAAAUUAUCAUUAAUAAAUAUUUUUCCAAUAUUAUGGUGACAUUGGGAAAUAUGUUUUCAUUUGAAAUUAUUAUAGGUAGUUUACAUUUGACAACAAUUGUUUUACUACUUCUGCUCACAUUAAUGACUAUUCAACGUGUCAGAAGAAGAGCUCAAGAUUAUCCAGUGAUCAAACCAAAUAUAAACAAAUCUCUAACAGAUACAGUUAUACACAUAUAG